AUGCCUGACGACCCUAAAGUGAAUCCGUUCUCCGAAAUUCCGCCGAAAGCAGCCGCCCCGGCGAAGAAAUCCUUGUUUGAGCGGCAGAAAGCAGAGGCUGAAGCAAAACGGGCGCGUGAGAAGGCAGAGACAGCCGCAGUCUACGAAGAUUUUGUCAAGUCAUUUGAAAACGAUGAAGAUUCUCCCACACUGUUAAAUACGGCCAGCAGAACUGGCGGAUAUCAACAUGGCAGCGGGCAACCUGUUGGCGGACCCGCACGACGGCACUUCACCAGCGCAUCCAUGAAGAGCUCAGCAAUUGGUGGUUUAGGUCCACCUCCAUCUUCUUUUACAAAAAAGCGAACAUAUGAUGGGUACCUGGCGUCCUCCCGGGAUCAUACGGGCCGCGGGAUUUUGACAUAUGAGAAUUCUUCUUCAGCAAUGGACACUACCAGUGCAUUCAGAAUUUUGGAGGACGAGGAAGAAAAGACCAUGGAUAAAAAGGAAGCAGAAAGAGCUGCUGCAAAGCCCACCCUACAUCUUUCUUCAUUGCCUCCAGGCACCUCACCAGCUGUCAUAAAAGCGCUUAUUCCCCCAGUUUUAGCAGUUGACAAUGUAAAGAUCAUCCCACCUGCCAGCCAGGCGACUGGAGAGCGCAAAAUUUGGUCAGCCAUAGUUACAUUGGCUAAAGAGACUGCCGCUACCGAUAUGGAUACUGUUGUGAGCUCUUUACAGAAUAAAUACCUUGGCUGGGGAUUUUAUCUCUCAAUAUCUCGCCAUCUCUCCUCCGCCGCCAUUAACUCCGCAAUUCCUGUUACCCCUGGGCUUACUGGUCUUACUUCCCAGCCAUUUGGUGCUCGCCCCACCCCACAUGGCCCUGGUGUGUUUAGUCGUGGCCCCCCCGGGCCUCAUCGUUCUGCAUUUGCCCCCCCUACUUCAUAUGCUCCUAAUUAUGGUACAAGAGAUGGCUCUGCAUUUCAGGUCGACGUUAAACCGCCCUCUGAUUUGAAGCAGCUGAAGUUAAUUCACAAGACAUUAGAAAACCUGUUAACGUAUGGACCCGAGUUUGAAGCUCUUCUUAUGGGUCGACCAGAAGUUCAGAGAGAAGAAAAGUGGGCGUGGAUUUGGAAUUCGCGGAGCGUUGGCGGUGUAUGGUAUAGAUGGAAGUUAUGGGACAUUCUCACCAAUUCAGCCAAAUCUACUAAUAGAAAUCGUCUUCGGGGUAUACCAACAUAUAUUUUUGAGAAUGGUCCAGGCUGGGUUGCGCCAGAGAAAAAAUUGGCAUUUGAGUUUACGACAAAACUAGACCAGUUUGUUUCUGAUGAGGAUUACGACUCUUCCGAUGAAGAUGAUUCGGAUAGGGACGACGAGAGGCGUAUAAAUGACCCAUCAAACGAGCCCAAUGAUGGUACUGGCCAUUUAAAUCCCCUGCACAAAGCUAAGCUGGCGCAUCUUCUUGCCAGAUUACCCACAACAAACACGAAACUUCGUCGGGGCGAUGUUGCACGCAUCACAGCAUUCGCCAUAAACCAUGCUGGCGAAGGAGGAGAAGAAGUGGUAGACCUAAUUAUUUCUAACGUCAAAUACCCUUUUGCUUACAGUGCUGCGAACCCUGAAAGACAGCAAGAUGAGACUGAGAUGAUUAAUACGAAAACAGAAGAAGCUGCAGAACCAAACGAAAAGGAUAUGGAGGGACCUGAAAAUACAGAUCGCAUUUCUAAGAUUGAGAGCAAAGAAAGGCUUGAUAUAUCUCCGUCGAAACUAGUGGGCCUUUAUAUUAUAUCUGACAUAUUGUCUUCUUCAUCUACAAGUGGUGUCCGCCAUGCCUGGCGUUACAGGCAGCUCUUCGAGACCGCCUUAAAGGCUAGAAAGGUGUUUGAACACCUAGGUCGACUUGAAAAAGAUUUGGGAUGGGGCCGAUUGAAAUUGGAAAAAUGGAGGAGGAGCAUUGGGAGCUUAUUAAGCCUUUGGGAAGGGUGGUGUGUAUUUCCUCAGUCGAGUCAUGAGCAUUUUGUUCAAGUGUUCGAGCGGCCACCUCUCACCAAAAAGGAGCUCGAAGAGGAGAAAGCUCGGGCGGAAGUAGAAAAAGCGCCUGGUUUAUUUGGUACCAAAGACAAAAGCAAAUGGAAGACGGUUGAGGAUGCUGGUAUGAUACCAGCCGUGGACAAAUAUGAACCCAGCCCAGAUGGAGAUAAAAUGGACAUCGACAUUGACGGAGCGCCGAUAGCGGGCGAAGAAGAGAUGCUCGAUGUCGGGUCGAUGUCGGAUAUUGAUGGGGUUCCCAUGGAAGAUAGUGACCUGGAGGAUACGGAAGCUCUGGCUGAAGGCGAGGAAGCGUUAGUCCCCCAAGACAAAGGACCCAAUGUGCCGGCACCAGAGAAGGAAGCUGACACAUCGUUGCCCUCAUCGUCUGAGCCUCCUAUGAGACGGCGUCGCCCAAAAGCGGAAGAUAUGUUUGCAGAUUCAGAUUCAGAUUAG